AUGCAGCCCGAUAGCCACAACUCCAAGGUCUCCGAUGACCCCGCAGCGUCCUCCAACACCGACGCCGCCAAUAUCAAGAAACGCAGGUCGUCCUCCGUCAAGAAGAAGAGGAAGACUACUGCUGAGCCUAUCAAGGCCGAACCUGUCAAGCUCGAACCCGUUGGUGCCACUGCAGCCCCUCUGUUAUCGGAGACCAGGAGCCCCGGCCCGUACCGGGGCAAGUGCCUCUACCAGUCGCGCAAGUGCGAGAACGAGCGCGCCGUCAAGCGCAACGGCAAGCCGCACAACCUGUGCGAGGAGCACCGCAACAAGCAGAACCAGCACCAGCGCAAGUUCGACGCCAAGAAGUUCUCGCGCAAAAGACGCCGAGGCAGCGACUCGGACGAGGACGGGAACAAGCUGCAGGCUAUUCACACAGAAGAAGGAGAGCCCGUGGCCAAGCAGCUCCGCUCCAUCAUCACCACCACCACCCACCAAGAGGCCGAGACGAGGACGCCGUCCCGCGUGACGAGCUCACAACCGAUGGUAUCAACUAUCAGAGGGAUAUUUCCGCCACCGGUGUAUGCUGCAGGAGGAACUGCCCCCGUUGUUGUGGCGCGACUGCCUCCUAUUGCCGCAGUGCAUGCGUCUACUAGCGUUAGCUCCAUGGCGACGGAAGCGUAUCCUCGAGAUCACGUCGUGUAUUCGGAGUAUCGGCAAAAUGGCUACACUCAACGUCCGUACCUUCAGCAGCAGCAACAGGUCUCUCAGGUUUCCGCGGGGUAUUCGCACUCGGAGCUCGUGGCUGCGAGCAUCUUGGUGCAGCCGCAGUCGCAGCCGUCUCCGUCCUCUGUACCAGCUCCAAGACCUCUUUAUUAUAGUAACCAGGCCCCAGCAGUAGGAGGAGGGGGACAAGCUUUGACGACUCCGCGUCCACUGCCGUCGCUGCUGAUGCCUCCUCGCUCCUCGGCGUUGUCCCCGAGUCCGUACCACAGAGUCAGCAGCGGAAUUGUGUCGUCUUCCGCACCACGUUUCUCGCAAGUUGUGGUCACGCCGGUGUCGAGUGCGUCCGUCACUUCAGUGGGCACUACAGUGCUCCCCCCUCUCGCGCCGUUCACACUGAGGAGACCACGCACACCGUUGUCGUCGCCUAACAGCAACAAGAAGUGA